ACGAUUAUCUCCCUUGGGUUGUCUGCAAAAAGAGAAAUCGGAAAUGAAUGCUGAAUGCGGAAAUGUUUGGAAAAGAAGAUAACAGCUACACCACACAUUAUGAAUCUUAAAGUUGGCAAUUUUUGCGUUAUUUGUUUUGCUGUCUUCAUUCAAGUAGUACACUGUCAUGCAGUUGAUCCUGACGUUUUUCGCAACAUUACACAGCUGAUCACAAGUAAAGGCUACCCUUGUGAAGAUCACACAGUAACCACAUCUGAUGACUUCAUUCUGGGGAUACAGAGAAUACCACAUGGCGUCCAUGGUCUAGAAGGGAAUGGACCACGGCCUGUAGUGUAUUUACAACAUGGACUGCUUUGUGACUCUACGUUGUGGGUUACAAAUAUUGUAAAAGACAGCUUAGCUUUUCUGCUAGCAGAUGCUGGAUUUGAUGUUUGGUUGGGAAACUCUCGUGGAAACACCUAUUCCAGAAGACACAAGACACUAUCUCCAAAAAAUCCCAAGUUUUGGGAUUGGAGUUGGGAUGAAAUGGCCCAAUAUGAUAUUCCAGCAGUGAUUGAUUACAUCAUAAAUACAACAGGCCAACAACAAUUGUAUUACAUUGGACAUUCCCAAGGCACUCUCAUUGGUUUCUCAGCAUUUUCACAGAAUCAACAAGUUGCUAAAAAGGUGAAGCUAUUUAUUGCAUUAGCACCAGUAGCAUAUUUAGGACAUACCAAAACUCCACUGAAGAUACUGGCUCAUUGGCCUGAACAGGUGUACUUUGAAGUAUUUGGAGACAAGGAUUUUCUGCCUUCUAAUUGGUUCUUCAAGUUGAUGGCUUUAACAGCUUGUAAAGACAAAUUGACCCUACCAAUCUGUACCAAUGUAUUAUUUCUUCUCUGUGGUUAUGAUAACAAAAAUCUAAAUCAGUCCAGACUACCAGUAUAUGUAAGCCAUAGUCCUGCAGGAACAUCUGUCAAAAAUAUGAUACAUUAUUCACAGGCAAUAAAGUCAGGAAAGUACCAGAAGUAUGAUUAUGGCACUGGUGGAAACAAACAGCACUAUGGGCAGGCAACACCACCUCAGUAUAAUGUGAGUAACAUGAGGACACCUGUAGUUUUGUAUUCAGCAGUGAACGAUUGGUUGGCUGAUCCAAAGGAUGUGUCAUACUUGAAAUCUCAACUACACACCAGAUACAAUAGUACAGAAAUUCCAAAGUGGAAUCAUUUGGACUUUGCUUGGGGGAUUGAUGCUGGAAAAAUACUUUAUAGUCAACUCAUACAAAUUCUGAAAAAUUAAUAGUUUGAUUUCAGCAGAGAUUUGUUACAUGUCUCAUAAUUUUAAAAAAGUCAGUAAAAGAAAGCAGUAUGUUUUAUGUAUGUAGGGUUACCCAUGUCAGUAUUUGUGACAUUCUAAAAUCAAACAGUUGAUUGAGACUUUUUUAUCAAUAUGUCUGUAGAUAUUGAUUUGAUUUUUGGUGUAUUUGUGUAUAAUUAUAACUUACAGAUUGCUUUUGCAUUUGUAUAUUGUUGAGAUUUUUUUUGUGGACUUACCGGUUCUAACAAUGAAAAUUUCAUGAAAACUGUACUUGUUGAGACUUUUUUGUAAUACCUGGAGAUCUGUAGCUCAUUUUCAAUACAUCAGCGUGUAAUGGUGACUUACAGAUUGCAUCCACAUUUCUCUCUGGUUGACAGACUAUUUUUUCAGAGUAACACCAUUUUGACUUAGAAAAUUCAAUGAAAAAUAUACUUGUCAGAACUUUUUAUUGUAAUGUCUGCAGAUCUGGAGCUGAUUUUUGGUACAUUAGUGUAUACUGUAUAUUGAUGACUUAUGUAUGGAGUUUGCCUUUUGCUCCAAAUGACUUGUCUUUUCACAAUGAGGCUGCAGGUGGCCAUCUGGUCAAAUCUUUGUUUCAUACCUAGUCUUUCAUAUGUCUGUUUUGUAAUUGUGUAAGCAUUUCAUAGAUAAUGUGUAUUGAAUGAUAUUGAAAAUAUUAUAUACAAGAUGAUGCUUAUUUUGUUCGAUUUUUAAAGUAGAAAUGGCCUUUUUAUGAAGAGACUUAUACCAAAUACAGUUUUUUAUUUUAUUUUCAACUUGCUAACUUUUGAAUUACUUACCUUUUUAUGUUUAUUUUUGUAUAAAAAAAGCAUUUACUGUAUAUUAUUGUAAUGAGAAUUUUUCAUGUUUAUUUUUGUGUGGAAUUCUUGCCUAAUGAUUUUUAUUGAUGUAUGUAGUUCUUUUACUUGUUAUUGUUGAUUUGAUAUGUACUUUUUGAUUUUUUUUUCAAUUGAAUUGGAUCUCAUUAUUGUUAUAUUAUACCCCCAAUCCAGGAGUGUAGGCUAUAUUGCAUUUACAAUCGCCUGUCCUAUGGUCUGUUCUACUGGUACUUCUAAAUAAUAUGACUUCAUAUUUGGUCAGCAGCUUGACCGUGAUUAGUUGUAAUGAGAGAGGACUGUCAGAUACCGAUAUCCUAGUUAUUUUUAAUACUUUGAAUUAUGAUUGGGUAUGCCUAUAAGCAUGACAAUGUGUAAAGCCAAAUAUUGUCCCACCAGACAAUAUUUCAUGACUUUGUAUCAUGAAAUUUUGUCCCUAUCUGAAAUAAUGUCCAGAGAAGGACCAAUUUCCAUAUGAAAUGUUGUCCAUAUACCGACAAUAUUUCAUAGAUGAAUAGUAUGAAAUUUUGUUUUAUUAAAGGGAGGCUAUCCAAAGUUGUAUAUUGAGACAAUAUGUCAUAGAUGGAUUCUCAUGAAAGUUUGUCUCAUGAAAGGGAGGUUAUAGACAUUUAAUACUUUGGAUAAUGAUAUCAUUUAAGUGUUUUAUUUGAUUAAUAAUAACAAACAAACCUCCUUAAUUAAUUUUUGCUGCAAUUUAUGGUCAUACACAUACUUUUCAUGAAAAAUAUUUUAAAAAAAAUCCAGAAACACUAACAAUUUCAUGGCAGAAGACAUUAUUAGAUUAAAAAAUAUUUUCAGGGACAGUAUUUCACAGUGUUAAAUUUCAUGGACAAGGACACUAUUUCAUAAUGAAAUAUUGUCCUUGGCAGUAUUUCUUUAUGAAAUAGUGUCCACAGACAAUAUUUUAUAUGAAAUUUUGUCCGUCGGACAAUAUUUCAUCGGGGACAUUAUUUUAUGUUACAAUUGCAUGUAUCAUUAUUUGACAUACAUUUAUAUGGAGCUUCUAAUAAAUUAGGAAGGUAUUUUUAUACUCCCUGUAAAGAUGCUGUAUUAUGGUAUACUAUUGUUGGUUCCUCUAUCCUUUUGAGCACAUCUCAUGAUAAAACGAGUAUGCAAGUCUUAAACUGCCUUUGAUUUUGACAAGUUUUUUUUUUUAAUUGGCAUUCCAUUGUUAUUGGACUUUAAUUAAGAACUAAGCAUUAUUGGGGUGUACAUUCUUUAGAUCCUAUCCCAUGCUGGGCAAUUUAUUGAUAUAUACUGAGAUUUACAAAAUGAUAUUUAUGUGUGUGUAUUACCAUACUUAUAAGAAAGAUAUGUAGUGUGUGGUGUAUGAAUUUGUUAUACCUAAAUUCUAAACAAAGAGAAAUAACAAUUCACAAUAUUGUCUACAUAUGUUUCUUUGCUUAUCUCAAUGCAAAUUGAAUGCAUUUUUACCCCCUUUUUGAUUCAUAUCUGGUGAAAACUCAAGUUUGCUGUCACUGAAUAACAUACAAAAUUUUGACAAUGUUUAAGUAAUUAAAGUCAGCUCCCUUUCAACUUUGAAAAUUUUCAGAUUAGUUAUUUCCGAGUUAUAGGACUUUAACCUUAAAGAAUUAGGCAAUUUCUCCCGUCUCAUUAUAAUUGCAGUAUGCUUUCACAAAUCCUCAUAAAACUUUACACAGUUAUGUUAGUUCAAUAACAUGAAUUACAUUUACACACAACUCACACUGAUUUAUAGACAAGUAUAGCAUGUUUAUAACCUUAAUAAAAAGAAGAGUUUAUUUUCAGUUCAUAAUUUUCUUGUAAUUUUUAGAGGUCUCCCUUAUACACAGAACAAAUUAAAAUUUGUAUUUGAUUGGGAUUAAUUAUUUUUCAGUGCCUUUUAUAUGCAGUGAUUUUCUAUAUAGAUUUGAAUGCUACCUAUAAUUAUCACAUAAAUGAAUAGCAGUUCUAUAACAUAAUUUUUUAAUGCAAUACACCUUAUCACUAUUUAGUCCAAUCCAGAUAAGUUGUGAAAUAACACAACUUUUUCAAUAUGUCACAAACCAGUUGAAGCUAUCUGGGGCCCUGUUUAAACAAUGUAUUGUGCAUAAAACUUUUCAAAGAUUCAAGUUUAAUCAUCUUAAACACUUCAAGCUGAGAAUUUUUAUGACUUUAAUUUGUAAUUAAAAAAAAUUGGAUCAUAAUCUGUUAAAAUUUCAAAAUGUUCACUUUCAAAACUUUUUCCUCCUUCAGCUCAUUACUGAUUCCCUUUGAUUUUGCAUCACUUGACACAAACAGGAAGUUGUCUAAAUGACUGUUUUUUUUUCAGGAUUGGACUAAAUAGCGAUAAGGUGUAUUGAUGAAGUUUCACCCAUGUAUACUUAGCUUUUGAAAAUCAUGUUUUUUUAUUGUUUAAUUUUUUUACUAACAAACUAACAAUGAUUAUACUUGUACAUGUUUUUUCUGCAUUGAAAAUAAAUUUUUUACUGCAAAAUUUUGUAAA